GGCGUCAUGGAUACCGUUUCGCAUGACGUCUUCCAGCAGUGUAUUUCACCAGAUUUACUUUGUCAUCAUGUGAAGUAUAGUUUGGCAUUAUUGUAUUGUAAACGUAAAAAAUGUAAUCCUGUUAUAUCUUUUAUUAUGGCGCAGAAUAAGUAUGAUUUGUUAUUGGUGCCAGGCAGGGGAGACAAGAAAAUUCGUCCACAACCAUGGUACAAAGAAAGAUUGAGAACGAAAUAUAUAAAAUCAAAAAAGCCAAAUGAUCCUUCGCAUAAUCUUGUUGGAAGAAAUUGGGUUUUCAUUAAAAGUAACGUAGAUGAUUUUCGUGAUGGGAAACCUUUAGAUGUUGGAGAUGGAUUCAUUGUGGAGGGAGAUAAAGGAAUAUCACCUGUUAUCAGUCAUAGCAAACGAUCCGUGAGCAGCAACCUCACCAAUGUGCAAUCCAGACUAACAAAAGAACAAAGAGUGUUCAGUAAAUCUCUCCCACUACAAGAAGAGAGAAGAAAUUAUAUUGAUGAGAUGGAAUUUGGACUUGCUCAACAUCCACUCGCAUUAUAUCCUCAUUUGGAAGAAGGAAUGCCUCCUGAGUUAUUUGAAGAAGUAGUAAACAUACUUGACCCAGAGAUGAAUCCUGAAGCAGAAACAGAUGAGGAAUCAACAGCAACCAGCGCAACAAGGGAUGUAUUAAUUGAAGGAAGUGCUGCUGGAGACCUUAUGACAUCAUCAGAAGACAAACACACAGUUUCCUUUAAUUUAAUUGAAUUACAACAAGAUAAAAAUAAACCAAAAAAUCCAUACAAGUGGAUAUUACAAAGAAACAUGACACAAAAAGAUGACAAAAAAGGCUCAAAAAAGAGACCUACAUCACCAUCACAAGAUGAACAUAUUAAAAAAGUCACAAAAGAAUUUUGCGAUUGGGUCGCAGGUUUAGGUGGAGAAAGCAAUAACGUUGAAGAAUCAACUAUUAUGAGUUUAUUUGCCAGUGGCUAUGAGACUAAACCUGCAUUGUCAGUUCCUAUUCAUGUUGUUGAAUUAACUAAUGUUCCAAUGGAAUUAAGAUUAUCAGCCGGGUUAUCUCCUAUAGGAUCGGGAAGAAAAAGUGCUCUGUCAUCUGCAGCUACUACCUCAUCUACUGAAGCAAAGAAGUAUGGAGCAGAAAAUCAGAAGUACAUGCCGAGCUGGGUGAAGGUUAAGUAUGGGGCCUGGUAUUUGGAUCCCAAAUCAUGGACACCAAGGGCUGAUGGGGAUCCUCUUGAAGAUCCAGAGGAAGUUAAAAGGCGAGAACAAUCUGAAUCUAAAAAGAAAAGUGAUGAAAUGGAUGCUCAGUUGUCUCCUCUUCAUGGCGCCAAAGCUUUCAGACAAUUUUUGGAAAGAGGCAACCGAAGGAAGCCAGAUUUUAUGGUCAAAGUAACAGACCUACAGGAUGAAGCUGAAGGAUUGAACAGUCCUCCUGCAGACGAACGAAAUCACAGACUUGGAACCAGAAGAGAACUUUCGCGAAACUCGGCAAGAGUAAAUUCAGGACUGACUGUGCGAUCAAUUUAUUCUACAAACAGAUAGCAAUAUCAUUUUUUUUGUAUCAUUUUUUUUUUGCUAUCAGGUGGAAUGAAACAUGGUAAUCUCGAUAUAUUUCAAUUUUUGAGAACGUUCCAACAAGCAAGAAUCUGCUGAAUAUAAAUAUGUUUUACUGUA